AUGUUUGGUUUCUUGACAGGCUGGACAUGGUACAACAGAUUAGACCGUCAUGUCAUCUUGGGUGCUUUGCCCACACCCUCACAGAUCAAAAAGUUGCAUCAACAAGAACGAGUGGAUACAGUGGUCAAUUUAUGUGCUGAAUUCCCUGGCUAUAAAAAGCUUUAUAGGGACUUAGAUAUCAAACAGAUUCGAUUAGAGACACCCGAUUUUUCAAUACCCUCUAUUGAGAUGAUACGACAAGGCAUUCAAGAAAUAGAACAUAGAAAACAACAAAACCCUAAAAGUACAGUGUAUCUUCAUUGCAAAGCUGGUAGAGGAAGAAGUGCAGUCAUUGCUGUAUGUUAUCUAUUAAGAACGUAUACCUUGGAUUUGACAACGUGUCAAGCAUUGAUAUCAGAAAAGAGACCCCAGGUAUGUAUGUUAUAA